AUGAAAUCACUGAUAUGGACAAUAGCACCAAAUCAAUCACAACAUUAUUUCAUCCAUUCGACACCAUCAACAAUUAAAUCUUUAAACUGUUUCGAUGAUGUAAUCAAAGCAUUCGAUCGAUUGUGCUUCCAGUUUGGCCAAAACCCAUAUAUUCUCAAGUACACGUACGUAUUUGCUAAUUUGUGUAACGCUGGAAUCGAAUCAGAGACAACAAUUGAUGGAAUGUAUAAAACCUGCAACACUAUUAGAAUUCAAGGAAUUUUCUGA